AUGGUUUCAGCAUCAUUAUUUGACGAUGGUCCAGAAAUUGAAUUUCCAACAGAAAUUAUGUGUUCUCGAUUUUGUCCUAUUACUCGAAAUCUCUUCUUAGCCGGUGCAAUUUCUGGACAUUUGCACUGGAUAAAGAUAAAUGAUGACGAAAACGAACGAUCUAUGUCAAAUGAACGUUCAAUGAAAGUUCACAAAAAAUCAGUUCGUGCUAUUGGAUUAACACCUGAUGGUCAAUCCAUCAUAACUGUAUCUAAAGAUAAAUCAAUUAAAUUAAGAUCAACAGAAACUGGAAAGAUGAUUACAAAAUAUAAACGAGCACACAAUUCUCCUAUAAAUUGUUUAUGUAUAGUUGAUAAUUGUGUAUUAGCAACAGGUGAUGAUGAUGGUUAUGUUAAGUUAUGGGAUUAUAGGCAAAAGAAAUCUUUAGCUGAAUUUCAUGAUUGUGAUGAUUAUAUUAGUGAUUUGACUUGUGCGAAUGAUCGACGAACAUUACUUACUACAAGUGGUGAAGGUACGUUAACUGUUUAUAAUGUUCGAAAGAAAAAGUUACAAAUACAAUCAGAAUUAAUGGAUAGUGAUUUAACAGCUUGUCAGAUUGUUAAAGAUGGAACUAAAGUAGUAUGUAGUACAAUGGAAGGUGUUUUAUAUUUUUUUAAUUGGAAAGAAUUUGGUAAUAUGUCUGAUCGAUUUCCUGGUCAUCCAGGUGGAAUUGAAUGUCUUACUUCACUUGAUCAAUCAUUGAUUGUUACUGGUUGUGAAGAUGGAAAAAUUCGUCUUUAUCCUCAUCGAAUAAUGUCAAUUGUUGGUCGUACAUGUUCAAUGCCAAUUCAAACAUUAUCUACAUCAUGUGAUACAGAUUAUCUUAUUGGUACAUCAACAUCACAAGAAACUUUACAAUUAAUUGAUUCUCAACAAUUAAAAAUAAUAUUAAAUAAAAAGAAAAACAAAGGUGGACAACGACAAAAUAAUUCAUUUUUUGCUGAUUUAGAAAUUAAUGAACAAACAGAAUUUGAUGAUAAACAACAAAUAUCCAGUGAUGAUAGUGAUAGUGAUGAUGAUGAUGAUGAUGAUAUGAGAAAACCACCAAAAAAAAAGAAAAAAAAAGUUCAUUUUUAA